AGCAGUCUUGCAGCAGAAACCUGUCUGUCGCCUCCAAUAGCGAGCGCCGGUAGUGGUGGCAUGGCUUCCUAAACAGGCAGUCUUUGCUGAGGGAGCGGCAAAAUGCCGGCUCGAAAUUUCCCAACCCGCCGCCAGUGCAGCAGCAACCACCACCAACCUUCGUCUCUACUCUGCAAUGUCUGCAUGCGCAUGCGCAUAGUGGCGAGAACGAGAAUCGGCGCCGACGCAGGGCCCAUUGCUUCAUUGCGCGAUAGCACAUCGACCACCGGAGGCAUCAAUUGAGCAUCAACCCUGCUCCGCCUCCCGUCCCUGAAAGCCUCCCGCCGGAUUGCGCCCAGCAGACGAUCCACCAUGGCGGACAAGUCGGACCCGGCGGCCUGUCCCGUCGACCACAAGACCCGCGAUGCGUGGCUCGCACAAGCCCGCGCCGCCGAAGCUGCAAAGGCUCAAUCCCCUAGCACAGUGUGCCCCGUCGACCACACCUCGCAACAACCGUCACCGCCGCCCAAAUCAUGGACGCAAACGCUCACAUCCUACCUGCCAUGGUCCUCUUCCUCCGGCGCCACGCCAGCCCCGACCUCUGCCUCGUCGGCGCCGCCUAGCCGCGGCGCGCUGGGCGAGAACCGCGUCAUCUCAACUAUUCCGCGCUCAGCCAGCGGCUCAGCAGCGGCGGCGGCGACGGCCUGCCCCGUCGACCACGGCGCCUCCGCCAACGCGCCCAACGCCGAGAUUGAGUCGGGCGUCGACGCCUCGGGCAACUGGGUAUAUCCGUCUGAAAAGAUGUUCUUCGAGGCCAUGAAGCGCAAGGGCUACGACGCGCGCGCAACCGACAUGAAGACCGUCGUCCCCAUCCACAACGCCGUCAACGAGCGGGCCUGGCAGCAGAUCAAGGAGUGGGAGGCACCCUACCUCGCGGAAUCCAAAUGCGACGGCCCCAAACUCGAGUCGUUUGCGAACAAGAGCACGCGCAUGACGCCCACGGCGCGCAUCAACACCAUCCUCGGCUACACGGCGCCGUUUGACCGCCACGAUUGGGUCAUCGAUCGCUGUGGCACGCGCGUCGAGUACGUGAUUGACUUUUAUGCCGGCCGCGCUGGCGGCCAGGCUGGCGGGCCGAGCUUUUACCUCGACGUGCGGCCCAAGCUCAACACAUGGGAGGGCGUGCGUAUGCGCGCCAUGCGAUGGACUGGGUUGGCGUAAGGGCGCGGAUUGUAUGUCGAUGAGGUUGUGAUGCUGUAAGAGUAGGACAUGAUACCAUUGCAUAGGGACUGGCGUUUGGGAUUUAUCAUGUUGACUUGUAGCAUCUGCAGAAACUGGACCCUUCUCUGUGCCUUGCCUGACCACCCUGUCCGACUCUGUACCAAAUCACCUUGAAAAUUCAACCCCAUACCCAACCCCAUUGGUCCCUAACCCCCAUGUCAUUCUCCAACCCGUUUACCCAAGCCUUCGUGCAGGCGCCUCCGUGCAGGCGCGAUGUGACAUUUGCGCGCAUGUAUCACAGCUUCCGUCCCUCCAGAUACUUCAAGAGAGCCGCAAUAUCCCCAACCGUGCACUUGUGCUGCACCGGAGCCGGGAGUCCCGGGUCUCGGCCCCUCUCUCUCACCGUCAGGGCCAGCACCAGCACCAUCAUGACCAGGGUCGUGCCGGGCAGGGCCACGCCCAGCGCCAUGAGGACGGCAUCCUGGCCGGUUUCCAGGGCGAGCAGGACACCUCCGGCCCAAAGAACAAACGCGCCGGUCACGGUCGCGAGGUGCGUCGUCUGGACUUGGCCGUGGGUCGACAUGUCGG